AUGCUUCGCAGUGUUGUGGGGGAAAACAUCAAGUCUUGGGAUUCUAAGUUACCACAAGUUGAGUUUGCACACAAUCACGCCAAGAAUAGAAGCUUGGGUUUUUGUCCAUUUCAGGUGGUAUAUGGAGUCGUUCCACGGGGUCCGUUGGAUCUCACAGUGGUCCCAGACUUGACGAAAAUGCAUGGCGAAGCAAAGGACUUUGUGGCUAAUUUGCAGGAAGUUCAUUCCGCGGCAAAGGAGAACCUACAGCUCUUUGCCGUGCGUUACAAGACAGCAGCGGACAAGCAUCGUCGUGAGGUCUUAUUUGCGGCGGGAGAUAUGGUUUGGGUGUAUCUCACUCGUGAUCGCCUUCCGGCUCAUGAGUACAACAAGCUGAAGUCAAGAAAGAUUGGCCCGGUGAAGAUACUAGAGGUGAUCAAUCCGAAUGCUUAUCGUUUAGACCUCCCUCCAAACAUCAAGACGGCGAAUGUGUUUAACAUGAAGUACAUGAGCCCAUUUCGCGGAGACAACAACACCCAAGAUUCAGAGGCGAAUCUUCUCCUACCUGGGGAGACAUGA